AUGCUGCCGUAUGUGAGUGACAGCGAGAUAUUGGCGCUACCAUCAGAGGAAUUCAAUUUCUUCAAAUCCGCGGAAUCCUUCAGGAUAUGUUCAUAUAUCAUCCGAAAGACCGCCCAGUGGCCAAACCUGAUACAUGGAUGUGAAGUCCUCAAGCCCGAUAAAUUUGUUCAACAACCGCCAUGGCCCCAAGUAUCCUUAAUGCUCAUAGUCGAUAAAAACGAAUAUGAUCGACUGGGCCACACCGGAUCCGCAUUCAAUUUGGAGAGCAAAUUUUCUAGUUUUUAUUGGUACCAAAUGGCUUUUAAUUUAGAUCCGAAAUUACCUACGGCGGAGAUUUUGACAAGGAUGAGAGGAGUCAAAAAUGACAAAGAACUUGCUGUGAAAAAGGAGGAAGAUCCUGAAUUCGGUCCAGAUGAAACAAAACCGGACUCAUCCAUGACGCAUGACAUCGGUUUAGCCAUUAAAUCAGCAAAUGAAUAUUUCAUCGCUGCGAAGCGCAAAACUCUUUUUGUAGAUAAUCGUGCCACAUAA